AUGUUGGCCUUAAACAACGGCGCUGGCGUGGCAAGGCCGCCAACCCCCACCGUGAGCCAAACGCCCGUGUGGCGCCAGGCGCCCGUGUGGCGCGUGGGCGGAGCGAUGGCCGCAGCGCUGGUGGUGAGCUGCCACAGGACGCAUGCACCCUGGCGGCAGUGCUUGUAUGCCGAGGCAACGCAGAAGGAGGAGUUGGAGUUGGAGAAGGUACUUUUGGUGAUUGCAGACGAGAUUCUGAGCCUGGUGCCAGUGGUUGGUCCCUUGAAAGAUGCCAAGCGAGCAGCAGAAGACGGACAGCUUGGGGAAUAUUGUUUCCAUCUGGUCAUGCUGAUUUGCGAUGUCACGCCAAUGGCCUUGGCUAGUGAAGCAGCGAGAAUGACCAAAGCGACUUCUGAAAUUGCAAAGUUGGUGCGGAAGGGUAAGAAGGGCUACUCGUUGAGGAAGGUGGCUGCGACAGCCAAAAGGCUCUCAAAGCGCUCAAAGGAUGCACGCAAGGCAGAGGAACUGACCGAUGGGGUCAGAAUGGUAUUGCGUAUGAUUCCCAAGAUUUGCGAACGAUUGCAGAAGGAGGAACCUGCCAAAAUACAGGAAACGGAAAAACAAUAACGCAAUGAUGAGAGUCAAAAUUAUCUUCUUUUCAUGUACAGGAUCUUUCUUGUACGGCAACACAAAACAGUUUCAAAUCGAAGAAAACCCUGGAAACCCUCGCACUGGGGCAGCGCUGCCCCGCAGACUUGAUUGGUGAAAAAGAAGCCAAAAAAGUAAAAUAAAGGAUUC